GUGCCGGGCCGGCUCCCGCGCUUGCGCACUGGCUCCGCGUCGGCCGGUCGGUUUGGUCGGUUGUAGUGGCCUCGCCGCCCCGUCCGCUGUCGCAGCGCUCAUCCGCGCCGGGAGCCCUUGGCUGCGUCGCCCGGCAGCCGCGGGAGCAUUUCCUGAAGACGUAGUCAUGCAGCACGUCAGCAGCUCCCAGAGCAGCCAGCGCCAUGUCCAGUGGCCUGGGGCCUGCCCCAGCGCGGGCGAGGAGCAGCCAGCGUGCUCCCAGCCGUCCCUGCCCCUCACACUGCCAUCCCCCAGCCACCAACUACAGCAGCUGAUGGUGAGAGGGGGCCCUGCGGGUGGGCAGAACAUGAAUGUUGACCUGCAGGGCGUGGGCCCUGUGUUCCAGGGAAGCCCACAGGUCACGCUGGCCCCACUGCCGCUCCCCAGUCCCACCUCUCCAGGCUUCCAGUUCAGCGCUCAGCCUCGGCGGUUUGAGCAUGGGUCUCCAUGGUACAUUCAGGUCACGUCCCUGUCCCAGCAGGUCCAGACCCAGAGUCCCACGCAGCCCAGUCCCGGGCCGGGGCAGGCCUUGCAGAAUGUGCGUGCAGGUGCCCCUGGCCCUGGGCUGGGCCUCUGCAGCAGCAGCCCUACAGGGGGCUUCAUGGAUGCCAGCGUGCUGGUGAGGCAGAUCAGCUUGAGCCCCUCCAGUGGUGGACACUUUGUGUUUCAGGAUGGGUCAGGGCUCACCCAGAUCGCCCAGGGAGCCCAGGUUCAGCUCCAGCACCCGGGUACGCCCAUCACAGUCCGAGAGCGGAGACCCUCCCAGCCCCACACACAGUCAGGGGGCACCAUCCACCACCUGGGACCCCAGAGCCCUGCAGCUGCGGGUGGGGCCGGCCUGCAGCCCCUGGCCAGCCCAAGCCACAUCACCACGGCUAACUUGCCACCGCAGAUCAGCAGCAUCAUCCAGGGCCAGCUGGUUCAGCAGCAGCAGGUGCUGCAGGGGCCGCCGCUGCCCCGGCCCCUGGGCUUCGAGAGGACGCCCGGCGUGCUGCUCCCCGGGGCUGGGGGCGCAGCGGGGUUUGGGAUGACGUCCCCACCCCCGCCCACCAGCCCUUCCAGGACUGCCGUGCCCCCAGGCCUUUCCAGCCUCCCACUCAUGUCUGUGGGGAACGCGGGAAUGAAGAAGGCUCCCAAGAAGUUAGAGGAGAUUCCCCCAGCCUCUCCGGAGAUGGCACAGAUGAGGAAGCAGUGCCUGGACUAUCAUUACCAGGAGAUGCAGGCUCUGAAGGAGGUCUUCAAGGAGUAUUUGAUUGAACUGUUUUUCUUGCAACACUUUCAAGGGAACAUGAUGGAUUUCUUAGCUUUCAAGGAGAGACUGUAUGGACCAUUACAAGCAUAUCUUAGGCAGAAUGAUUUGGACAUUGAAGAAGAGGAAGAGGAGCACUUUGAAGUCAUUAAUGAUGAGGUAAAGGUUGUGGCCAGAAAGCACGGGCAGCCUGGGACUCCUGUUGCCAUAGCAACCCAGCUACCGCCGAGGACUUCUGCGGCUUUUCCAGCCCAGCAGCAGCCGCUCCAGCCCCUGGCACCCACCACUGUACUGUCUGUCUCUGCGGAUUGGAAUGCACUUCUCCGGCAACCUAACAAAUACAUAUGGGGACUCCAGUACCUGGAGAUGUGAAUUCCAUAAAAAUGGAAGCAUCUAAGAGGCAGUGAACACUGGCGCCCACAGGUAUGUAGCAGUCACCCAGCAUGAAGCCAGCCUGCAAACAAAAAGGAAACCAUGCAGGCCUUCUAGCAGUGUACUUUUCAACUUUUUUCAUUUUAAGUAAGUCAACAAAUAGGUACCAAAUGGCUUCUGUGGGCUCACGGGGUCACCCCUGUGCCUCCUCUCAGUUCUUGCUUGGAGCGAAGUGACUUUACACUCAGCCAUCAUUUUGGCCACUUAGUGCCUUGAGCUGGAGGCAUGGGAGCGGGCCUGGGGAGGCCACAGGCACUCAUGUAGUGGCAGGGCCUGGGCCUCAGCUCUGUGCCCAGGAGCUUCCCCAUGCUGGCCAGGCACAUCAGAAUCUGGCAUGUGGGUGUCCCCGAACUCACUGUCCAGCCACCCCCCUUGAUGGCAGGAUCCCUGGGAGCAGGCCACUUGGCAGUGGGCAUGGACUCAGAGCAAAGCAAGAUGGGUGCCUCAAGAGCUUGGUCCCACCCAGGCCUGAGACUGCCUCCCUUCCUGGUGAGGAUCAGAGAGAGGAUGUCCUGCCCGCAGUGCGUUCUGUGCUAUUUCCGUGUUCUGCACCAGGGAUAAUGUAGCAUGAACUUUGAAGGUGGAACCUGGCUCACUGUGCUGUGAUUGGAUUUGAUGUCACAGAUUCUCCUUUGAUGUCAGAGGCCUCACCUACAAGUGGGCCAUCCUGGGAUGGGUUUACAGCACCUGGAGGUGACAUCAGGUGUUCCUCUCCAGCAGUUAAUGCCGACAGCACAAAGUAUCUGUGUGCCGAAGCACCUGGCAGGUACUAGUCCAGGAGUAGGCUAUGGGAGCCGGGAGCCAACAGCUCUGAAGCUCUGAGCUCUGAGGCUUUGAAGCUACUGCACACUCUGUCAUCUGUUGAUUGUUCCUGGGCAGAGUGGGCCCUUGCAUCUGUUUAUUGACCCAGACCUGGGCACAGGCUGGCGGUGUCUGUGCAGACUCACAGUUUCCCCUACAGGUGAUUAAAAACCAAACUAUCAAGAGUUUUCAUGUAUUUUCCUAACUUUUUCCAAGUAGAAGCAUUCUCUUUUUCUCUAUGAUGAUCUCAGGCUGUCUUCACAUGCACUGUUGUUUGCUCUGUGGGGCCCGUGCUGUGACGCUUGGAGUGCGGGCUGCAGCGUGGUCAGCCCUGCCCUCGCUGGCUCUGGGGAUGUGGCCAUGUGGUGUCACCUCACCCCUCUCAGUUGUCUCAUCUGUAAAAUGGGAGCAACAGCGAUAAUUACACUUCUCAAGUGUGUUCUGGGGACUGACACUGUUACGUCUGUAAGGCGCUGAGCACGGCACCAUGUUGUAAGCACGUGUCAGUUAAUACCACACUAAAAAAUUAAUAUUCUAUAGAUUUAAUGGCAAGCUUUAAUUUUUUUUAACAUAUCCAACUUUUUCGCUAUAAACUUAUGGGGUACAGGAGCAGUUUUGUUGCAUGGACAUACUUCGUGGUGGCAAAGUCUGGGCUUUCAGUGCAGCCGUUAUGGGAAUAAUGUAAUCACACCCACUGAGCAUCUACCCUCCCCUCACCCUGUACCCUUCCAAGUUUCCAGUGUCUCUCAUUCCACACUCUACAUCUGUGUGGACGUGUGAGUUAGCUCCCGCUUACGGGUGAGAAUGUGCGGUGUUUGUCUUUCUGUGUCCGAGUUGUUUCGCUUAGGAUGAUGGCCUCUGUUUGCAUCCAUGUUGCUGCAAAGGACAGUUUCAUUCUUUUUUAUGGCUGGACAGUAUUCCAUUGUGUAUAUAUGCACCACAUCUUCUUAUCCAACUGUCUGUUGAUGGGCACUUAGGCUGAUUCCGUGUCUUUGCUGUUGUGAACUGUGUUGCAGUAAACAUGCGAGCGCAGGUAUGACUUCAAGAGAAUGAUUUAUUUCCCUCUGGAUACACACCCAGGAGUGGGACUACUGGAUUGGACGGUAGUUGUAUUUUUAGUUUUUGGAGGAACCUCCAUUCUAUUUUCCAUAGAGGCUAUGCUAAUUUACACUCCCCCCGACAGUGUGCAGUGUUCCCUGUUCUCCACGUCCUCGCCAGCAUCUACUGUUUUUUGUCUUUCUUUAAUUUUUGCAAGUUUGCAUUGCUUAUAGAGUGAGUACACCGUAGUUUUCAAGGAAAACACAUCGGCAAAUACCGGUACCAGCAUAUGUAUACGUACGUGCCUAUCAGUCUGUGCCUAGAGACCCGGGAAACCGGCCCAUGAUGGUAAGUCACAUCCAUGCGCUCCUUCAGCAGAUAUUUACAGAGACUGGCGAGUGGCGAGGCCCGAGUACGCAGAGAUGCGUGACCGCCACCCGCUGCCUUUGCCCGGACCGGCUCCCGACCGCUCCCUUCUCUUUAUUCAGGUCUUGGCUCCACGGCCCACCUUGGAGAGGCCUUUGCCGCCCCGGCGCCCGCCCUGCGCCGUCAUGUUUGCUCUCCCUGGUCCUCAGAGCGCCCACUCCCGUCAGGUCGCCUGUGUCUGAGCCUCCCCGGGGAAGGCAGGGCCUGGCGUGCCCUGCGCUCCUCUCUGCCCUCGGGACAGAAGGUGGCCAGGGAAGGUGGUCCCGUGUCCUCAAGGCAGAGUCCCUCGCAGAUGGUGCUGAGGUGGAGAAGCUGCGCUGCUGCUAGAACAGAGUGGGCGCUGCUGACCGCGCCCGCCUGAGGAGAGUUGGUGGCAGAGGCUGCGCCACGUGCACGCCCCGAGGCAGGUGGUCGUCGAGGCCUUCAGGCCGCAGCUGCUGGGCAGGGUGUGAGCCAGGAGCAUUGCGGCUGCGGGGCGGGCAGGUGGGCCGGGCCUGGGGAGUCACCAUCCAGGAGCACGGAGCCCCCGGAGCAGAGGGCACGGCCAUCGCCUUCUCCCAGCGUGGGGGCUGGGAGGCGAGUUGUGCGGUUGCAGAUCACCAGAGGAGGAAAAGCGCGCCCAGAGGCGGGAGCCCUCCAGUCACAGGCCAGCGCAGGUUGCGGCGGCUCAGCCUGGAAUCCCAGCACUUUGGGAGGCCGAGGUGGGCGGAUCACCUGACGUCAGGAGUUUGAGACCAGCCUGGCCAACAUGCAGAAAUCCCGUCUCUACAAAACAUACAAAAAUUAGCCGGGCGUGAUGGCGCGCGCCUGUGAUCCCAGCUACUCGGGAGGCUGAGGCACAAGGAUCGCUUUGAGCGCAGGGGUCAAGGCUGCAGAGACAAGGCUGUGAUUGCUCCACUGCAUGCCAGCCUGGGUGAUGGGGAGAACCAGGUGCAUCAGCGCAUUGCGGAGCUGAGGAAAGCAGGUCUGUGGUCCCAGAGGCGUCUGCUGAAGCUGCAGGAGGCCCCACGGCCCAAGUCCCACUGGGACUGUCUGCUGGAGGAGAUGCAGUGGAUGGCCACAGACUUUGCCCAGGAGAGGUGGAAGGUGGCCUCUGUGAAGAAGAUGGUCAGAGCUGUGGCCCGGCAGCUGCAGGACAGGACGCGCAGGGAGGCCGGGGCCAGGAGGGAGGAGCCGAGCAGGCUGAAGCAGACGUCACCUGUACUACCAGAGAAAUCGAGCGUCCCUGGUCUAGUACUGCGCAGGUAAAGAUUCCAGCAUCUUUGAAGCAAGUGCUCCACUGGAAAAUAAAAGCGACGUGGAGCACUUGAUUAGACUCCAGAAACAGAAACUGCAGCUGCUCCCACCACCCCCACCACCGCAGGCCCUCCCCGGGGCGCAGCCAACCACACAAGUGCAAGUGCAGCCAUCACCCCCCACCACAGCAGAGCCCCCAGCUCACCACGGUCACGGCCCCGAGACCCAGAGCCCUGUUGAUGGGCACCACCAUGGCCAACCUCCAGACUCGAGUUUCCACCUCCCACCUGCAAGGCCCAAGACUGAUGUCAGCGCUGACGUACCAGAUGGCCCAGGUUGCUGUGGCCACGCCUCCUGUGGUGUCUGUCCUGGCAGUUGUGGUGCUGUCAGCCAGGGUCACAGUGCUUCCAUCAACGCAACGGGAUCAGUGUUGUGAUAAGGCAGCUGCAAAAAGCGGCAGUUGCAAAAGAUGGUGAAGAACUCAAGCUGAAGAGGUGUCUGCUGAAUUUUGUUGCUUCGGUAGGAGCUUUUCACCAUCAGUUUUUAGAAAGUACGCAUGACUCUCCUUCUGUUGAUAUCUCUCUUGAUUUGGCAAAGAGUACAAGGAGGACCGCAAAGGGUUGCCAUAUAAUCAUCACAAAUAGAUCCAGGGAUACCAUAUCAGGUCCUGUAGAGUCCUCAUUGCGACGCUUGCUCCACACAGCAUUCAUUCAUAUCAGCUGCAACUUGACACCCAAGGCACGGGAGACAAUACGUGCCACAGAGACAGACUCCACAGUCGCUGAAGCAGUCACACAUGCCUGUCUGCCAGUUGGAGUUCUGGGGUGCCGGACCGAGACCGACUCCCACAACGACCAUCAGCACCUCAUGUGUUAAUUUUUUAAGACACCUAAUUAGAGCCUCAUUCCUUGCACCUCCCCCUUUUAAGCAAAUGGAGCAGAGGCCGCUGUACCCCCCAGCGAGAGCUGCUUGCCUCUAUUAAGGGGAGAUGCGGCAUGGGCGUUAUUUCUCCUUUUUAAGGCAGCAGGCACUUCCUUUACCGUCAUUGCCAGGCAGGUUACUCCUCUGAGCAAAUCAGCGGCAAUGAUGAGUGUGAGAUGCAGAUCCUUGUCCAUGCGCGCUUCGUGUGUCCUGCGUGCUGUCUCUCUGCUGUCACCACAGGGGGCCAGAUUGGCUGUGCAGCCUCUGCACAUGCAGCAGCUCCGAAAGCUGAAACACCACCAGCAGCAAAAAGCUGUGCAGCCCUCGGCCGCCCCAGGCCUGCUGCUGCACAGCGGAAGGUAAGUGGCCACUGGGCUUUGUGGGAGCUGCAUCUCACACUCAUCAAUCAGGGCCCUUAGGCCAGAGUGGGGCUGGACUGAGCCCCUUCCUUUUGGAGGCAGCCAUUAAACAGAGCUGAGGAGGCUCCCUGCAUGGGCUUCUGGAGGCGGGGAGGGGCCGAGUGUCAAGGAACUCUGACCCUGUAAUUUUUACAUAUAUUUGCUCUCUAGGGGAGAGCUUGCUUUGCUGUAUAGUAUAAUUUUUCAAACAUAUUUACAAUGAUUUCUGUGAAAAAUCACUCUGACAAGGACUUCUAUUUCUGGUAAUAUGGUAGAUGAGAGAACCUGAAAAUCUAUCUCAACAGAACGUCUAAAAAUGCCUGAUUUUCAAAAAGUGCCAGAUAAAAUAUAUAAAACCGUGAAUGAGUCUGCAGGAUAGUGAGUCUAGAAAUCAGGCGAGGGCUGAAGUCUAAGGAGGUAGUUCUGUGCUAAAGACACUCUAUGGCCUGGGUCCCCAUGGACCCAGAUGACCUAGAACUUUGAGGUAAGUUUGGGGAGCAGUCUGGAGAAGCCUUGGGCCCAGGGAGGGGCAGAACCAAAUUGGAGACCCCCAUAUAAGGCUGGGCUCACAGAGGGAUACAGCAAACACUACCAGGAAAUGAUGAAGUGGGCAAACUACUACUCUAACCUUCACUGCAGAAACAGUAUCUCACUUGGCCAUGGCUGUGGAUGGAACAUCUUUAAAAAGUCUCUCCUAUAAAUUUAUGGCCCCUGGCUAGCACUCUCCAUCACAGGUAUAGGGCCAACAUUCAUAUUAUUUACAUGUUCAAAAGAACUGCAAACUGUGACUUUUAAUUGCAAGCAUAUCUGGAGCUAUAGUGCCCCCAGGCCUCUGGUAGAAAGAAAUGUAUGUCCUUGCAGGAGGAACCCCCAACCCAGGCCUCAAGGAAUUCCAGCCAGCAGGAUCCCUAGACUAUAAGCUCAUAGUGGAAAAUCACAGCACACACAAGAGAAGGGGCCUCAGAAGUUAUGGCCAAAAGAAGCACACCUGCAAAGACUCAGAUGUUAGAAUAGGAAAUGCAAAUAUGUUUAAUGUGUUUGAAGAAACAAAGGAGAAGCUAAAAAGCAUGAAUAAGAAGCAAGACAGUAUCAGAGGCUAAGCAGAUAAUAAAUGAACCAAAUAGAACCUCUAAAAAUGAAAAAUGUAAUAAUUGAAAUUCAAAACUUAAUGGAAGUAAUCUUGAUCCCUACCUCACACCCCAUAGAAAAUUAACUCAAUGAAUCAUAGACCCAAACAUAAAAUUCAAAACUAUGAAACCUAGGAAAAAAGUUUUGUGACUAUAGGUUAAGUAAACAUUUCUUAGAUAUGACACCAAAAAUAGAGCCUACAAAAGGAAAAAAUUGGCAAGUCAUACUUUAAUAAAAUUAAACCUUCUUGCUAUGUGAAAACCAUUGUUUAGAGAAUGAAAAGACAAGUUACCAGGAGAAAACCUUUGCCAGUCAUGUAGCUGAUUAAGGACGUGUAACCAGAACAUACAAAAAACUGUCAAAGCUUACUAAUACAAAAACAACUUAUUUUGUACAGUGGGCAACAGAUUUGAGCAGACACUCCACCAAAGAAGCUCUCUAGGUGGCAAAUAAGCACUGUCCUCUGGGAAAUGCAAAUAAAAAUCACAAUGAGAAACUACUGCACACCCGUGAGAAUGCCUUUAAAAAAAAAAGACAAGACCAAAACCAAGUGUUAGUGAGGGUGUGGAACAACAGAAAUUCUCAUACCUUGUUGGUGGAACUACAAGAUAGUGGAGCCCUCUGGAAUCAGUUUGGCAGUUUCUUAUAAAAUAAAACAAUCAUUUACUGUAUGACCCAGCAAUCCCGCCCCUCAUUCUUUAUACCAGAGAAAUGAAGACAUAUGUCCACACAAUAACCAAAUACUGUAACCACAAUGAAAAAUGAUGCAAGUGUUCACAGAAGCUUUAUUCAUUUACCUAAAACUGAAAGCAACCCAGACACUCUUCAACUGGCCAAUGGGUAAACAAACGGCAGCCCACCAGUUCCAUAAAACAGCACUCAGCAGGAGACAGGACUGGGCCACUGAUGCUGGGGGCAGCAGGGAUAAGCCUGAAAUGUCUUAUGCAGAGUGAAAGAGGCCACACUUAGAAGGCUGCAGUUUUUGUUUUUAUAUAUGACAUUCUGGAAAAGGCAACACUAUAGCGACAGAGAAGAGCUCUGCGGUCACGAGGGGCUGGGGCGGUGGAAGGACUGACUUUCAAAGGGACAAGAGGGAAUUCUUGGGGGCUGUGGAAAGAUUCUGUAUCUUGAUGCUGAUGGUUGUUACAUGGCUGUGUGCAUUGAUCAAAACUGAAGUAUGCAUCAGAAACAGCGACUUGGACUGUAUGUAAAUUAUACUGCAGUUUUUUUGUUUCUUUGUUUGUUUGUUUUUGAGACGGAGUCUGGCUGUGUUGCCCAGGCUGGAGUGGAGUGAUAUCGGCUCACUGCAAGCUCUGCCUCCCAGGUUCAUGUCAUUUUCCUGCCUCAGCCUCCCAAGUAGCUGGGACCACAGGUGUCCACCACCAUGCCUGGCUAAUUUUUUUGUAUUUUUAAUAGAGACAAGGUUUCACCGUGUUAGCCAGGGUGGUCUCGAUCUCCUGACCUUGUGAUCUGCCCACCUCGGCCUCCCAAAAUGCUGGGAUUACAGGCAUGAGCCACCGUGCCCAGCCUAUACUGCAGUUUUAAAAAACUUAAUGGAAGGGUUAAACAAUACAUUAGAUAAUUUGUGAGCUGCAGAGAGAUCUGGAGAAAUAAUCAUGGUAGCAUGAGACUAGCAAACAAGACAAAGAAGACAGGCUGGCUGCAGUGCUCAGGCCUGUAACCCCAGCACUUUGGGAGGCCAGUGUGGGUGGCUUGUUUGAGCCAAGCAGUUCAAGACCAGUCUGAGCAACAGAGCGAGGCCCUGUCUCUGCAAAAAAAUAAGAAAAGAAGAGGGAGGGGUGAGAAAAUCUCACAUUCAACUGAGUUCCAGAAGAGAAUGAAAAAAGAAAAUAUUCAAAGAGUGGAUGGCUGAGAAUUUUCCAGAAUGGGUUUAACUUACCAGUCUAAAGACUGAAGAAAUACAACAAGUCCCUAGCGGGAUACAGACAAAGAUACCUGUGCCUGACACAUCUGGGCAAACUGUGGCACUCAAAGCAGAUGAGAAAACCAUGAAAGAAUCCAGGAGGAAAACAGAUUUCUCACGAAGAAAAGGCGAUUCCAUGGACAGCUCCCUUCUUAGUAGGAACUGUGGAAACCAGAAGUAGCUUUAAAGUGCUGGGAUAAAACUGUCUUUCAAGGGUAAGAGUGAAAACAAAGACAUACUCAGACAAAAACUGAAAACAUUUACCACAAACAAACUCACCUUAAGAAGGCAAAUGGCCCUCGAUGUGGAAAGCAAAGCUCAGGGGACAGAGGGUGUGCUGAAGAGUUGGCGGUGAUGCUCCCUGGAGGGUCCCCCCAGGGCCAAGGGGGGGCCUGGGAGCCGUGCAUGGUGAGACUGGAGUGUGAGCUUGAGGACAGCAAGAAUCAGACGACCACCCCAGGCUGCCAGGGUGUGGCUCAGCCUAUCUGCCCCUCACGCUGAGCUGCACAGAUGCAAAGACCUUCCAAACACAGUCACGAGGCCUUAGGAACGUCUCCAGAGCUUCCAUCAUCAUCCGGGUCUCCUCGUCAGCUGCUGCCUGGUGAGGGCUCUGCCAGAGGACAGCCCUGAGUGCUGCUAUCAAGGCUGAGGAGGCCACCCCCACGUGCCACCCACGAAGCUGCCUGCAGGCCGGGAGGCUUCUCUUCUGGCUUCAGCCACAUGUGAAGGAGAACCUGUCAAGCUCCAGCUGAUGAAGUCUUCAGAAGGGCUCAGAGUCAAGCGGCAGAACUCCUGGUGCCAUCUGCUUAAUUACGGGCGUGGGUUUUCCUCAGUGUUUUGAUCUAUAAAUACGAAAAAUAAGAACAGCACCAGUGCUGAAUCUAUGUCAUCCCAUGAAUGGAUGAACUGGUUGAAAAAAAAAAUAGCCUGAUGUUGGGAGCCAAAAAGGCCGAAGGGAUCAUGACCAACUCAGCAUUCCACUGGAGGCUAUAUGAUCAAUCAGCAAACUGUUUAUCCUGAAUGUAGGAUGUGAGUAAAACUCACAGCUGCGCCUGCUGCCAGAAGGUUUGCUGAGGGCGGUCACUCCCUGGCACUGGGGUCCUUGAAGUUAUCUACUGGAAAAUCUAGCGCCUGUUGUUCGAAGGAUGCAGUCUCGCAAGCCUGCUGUGAACCAAACGGCCGACUGCCGAUUACCCGACAAUCACCGCACUUUGUCGCGAUCUCUUUUACCAAUAAAUAUGGAGGGCUGUGUAAAGCUCAGGGCCCUUGUCCACUAGAGGCAAGGUGCCCCCUGACCCCUUCUUUCAAAUAUA